ACAAGUGAACACACCCAUCGCUCUCUCACGGUUUUUUUCGCCCAUUUCUUGACACGACUCACGGAUCUUUAAAAGAUGACUUCCUCUCACUGGCCUGGUUGCACGACGGUCUGAUACGCUCCCGCAUCGUUCACGAUGUCUCACGCAGCCUUAUCCUAGAUGGAAACAUGGGCGACAGGCGCGAGAGAGGCGCCGUGACGCGCAGGCGGAGGACCUUGACGAUCUGCGGGGAAGGCGCAGCGGCCGGCGCGAGCUCGAAGCGCGCGGGCAGGGGCGACCCGAGCGGCGGUGAUACCCCCCGCAACGCUAACGCCAACAGCGAGCAGGUGCACGAGACGGCCAAGAGCAAAGACGAUGGCCUUAAGGACCGGAUCAGCUGCCAUCGGCUCCAGGAGUCACUGCUCAGCUCCGAGAGCGGCUACAGCAACUACAGAGGAAUCCUCAACUGGUGUGUGGUCAUGCUGGUUUUGUCCAAUGCACGCCUUUUCCUGGAGAACCUCAUAAAAUAUGGCAUACUGGUGGACCCUAUCCAGGUGGUCUCCCUCUUCUUAAAGGACCCAUACAGCUGGCCUGCUGCAUGCCUUAUCAUCGUGUCCAACGUGUUCAUCAUGGCAGCUCUGUACACGGAAAGACAGCUGGCUAUGGGCAGAAUCUCAGAGAGCACUGGGACGUUCCUCUACUGCGUCAAUCUCAUUGCUGUUUUGUGCUUUCCGUCCGCCACCGUCCUCACGCUGACCUCUAUGACCCCAGUGGGUGGAAUCAUUGCACUAUUAGUAUACACAGUCCUCUUCCUGAAGCUCUACUCCUACAGGGAUGUGAAUAAAUGGUGCCGAGAAAUCAGACACGUCCAAGCCCGAAAACUGUCUCGCUCCAACUCCUGUCCGUCUGUGCAGAGAGCCAAUGGGAACGCAGCACACAGUCAUGUGACCUACCCGGGCAAUCUCACCCACAGAGAUAUGUAUUAUUUCAUUUUUGCCCCAACGCUGUGCUACGAGCUGAACUUCCCCCGAUCCCCACGAAUACGGAAGCGCUUCCUGCUCAGGAGACUUUUUGAAAUGCUCUUUUUGAUGCAGUUACAAGUUGGCCUGAUCCAGCAGUGGAUGGUGCCGACUGUCCAGAACUCCAUGAAGCCUUUUCAGGACAUGGACUUGUCCAGGAUGGUGGAGCGUCUCCUGAAGCUUGCUGUCCCUAAUCAUUUAAUAUGGCUCAUCUUUUUUUACUGGUUAUUCCACUCCUCCAUGAACUUUGUCGCUGAACUGAUGCAGUUUGGAGACCGAGAGUUCUACAGAGACUGGUGGAACUCAGAGACAGUGCCAUAUUUCUGGUCAAACUGGAACAUCCCUGUCCAUAAAUGGUGCCUGAGGCACUUUUAUAAGCCCAUGUUGAGAAGAGGUGUGAACAAGCUGACAGCUCAGAUCGCCGUCUUCUUUCUCUCCGCCUUCUUUCACGAGUACCUGGUGAGUGUGCCGCUGAAGAUGUUUCGGCUUUGGGCGUUUAUGGGAAUGAUGGCUCAGGUUCCGCUCGCCAUGUUUGUGGGCCGCUUCCUGAGAGGUAACUAUGGCAACGCGGCGGUCUGGAUCUCUCUGAUCAUCGGUCAGCCCAUUGCUGUGCUCAUGUACGUCCAUGAUUACUACGUACUUCAUUAUGGAAGUGCGACCGAGGGCAGAGCUUCACCGUGAUGAGCAAUAUGUUGGAUUGAAAAUGAAAGUUUUUAUAUGAAAGAUUUUUAUGGAUAAGCGGAAGAACAGUGCUUACAUCAUUACCACAACGAGGGAAAUCCUCUGCUAAUGCACUUUAUAAGCUCGAAGACUGAGAGACAGAAAGAGAGAGAGGCAGACACAUACAGAGAGAGAGAGAGAGAGAACCAAACAAAUAUAACAGAGGUAACGAGAGAAAGAAGGGAAACAGACAGGGCAAGAGAGAGAGAGAGAGGGAGGGAGAGAGACAGAGGGAAGAAGAGAGAGGAGGGAAAGAGACAGAGGGAGGAAGAGAGAGAGAGACA